GGUAAAGAUUUAAUCAAGUGUAAUUUCAUAGACAAAAAAUAUAAUAUUUUUGUAGGUGAAUGGCCGUCAGUUGAAAUCCAAAAAUUUCGAUUCAUUUUAAUUUUGGCCAGAAUUAGCAUUGAGUUAGCUGUAAUCAUCAAACAAGCGAACAACGAACAAUUUCAAACAUAUAAAACCCACCCAUUCCUAAUAUCAUCAUACACUUUCAAUAACAAUAAUGACUUCUUUAUUCGCAUUUCUACCCACGAAAUUAAAACUAUGAUCCUCGAGCGUCAUAUUAAAAAUACAAUCAAUGAUAUACUUUAUGAAUGUCAUCAAGAACCAGAUUUUAAUCCAAGAGCCCAAGACAUGGUAAAAAAGUUACUACUGAAGGCCUAUAAAGCUUCUAAGUUGUAUAAGGAAGUUGGUCCUCCAUUCUGUAUUGUUGAGGAAAAGAAAGUGCAGAUUACUUUCUAG